AUGGCUAUCUCGAGUGGGCGCAUAAGACCCAACCUUAGCUUCAGCAUUAAGAGAUAUUCCGCCCCGCACAAAUUUACAACCAAAGGAACGAAAAACGUGGAAAACGCAUUAAAAUUCUACAUCAAUGGUCAGUGGGUUGAGCCUUCAACCACUGACACGCUUGAUGUCAUCAAUCCAGCAACGGAACAGUCCAUUGGUAAGAUAGCCAUGGGUGGCGAAGCAGACGUCAAUGCUGCAGUUGCUGCCGCAAAAGCUGCUUUUGAAACUUAUUCGCAGACAACCAAAGAAGAGCGCAUCGCGCUGCUGGAAGCGAUUAUCGCCAAAUACGCUGAACGUAUGGGUGAUGUGGCAACCGCCAUCAGCCAGGAAAUGGGUGCACCGUUAGGACUGGCUAAUGCAGCUCAGGCGCCUUCGGCACUUGGACACUUCAUGACGACACUGGAAGUGUUAAAAAACUUUGAGUUCGAAGAAGAUAUCGGUACAUCUCACGUAAUUCGCGAACCCGCUGGUGUCUGUGGUUUGAUCACACCCUGGAACUGGCCGCUCAAUCAGAUUGCGUGCAAGGUUGCACCUGCACUGGCUGCUGGCUGCACCAUGGUGCUGAAGCCUUCGGAAGUUGCCCCUAUGAACGCCAUUGUGUUCGCUGAAAUUCUGCAUGAUGCCGGCGUACCACCGGGUGUAUUCAACCUCAUCAACGGUGAUGGACCAAAUGUCGGCGCGCCGCUGUCGUCGCAUCCGGAUGUCGACAUGAUGUCCUUCACCGGUUCUACCCGCGCGGGCGUUGAAGUGGCUAAAAAUGCUGCGCCAACCGUCAAGCGUGUGGCUCAGGAACUGGGUGGAAAGUCAGCCAACAUCAUUCUUGAUGACGCUGAUUUCACGAAGUCUAUCUCUCGUGACGUGUUUGGCAUGUGCAUGAACUCAGGUCAGUCCUGUAAUGCACCUACUCGUAUGCUGGUACCCAAUGCCCGCAUGGAUGAAGCUGCCGCCAUUGCCAAAGCUGCUGCUGAGCAGGUCAAGGUAGGCGAUCCCACAGCGGAAGGCACCACCAUUGGUCCGGUUGUGUCUGAAGUCCAAUUCAACAAAAUCCAGAAUCUGAUCCAGAAGGGUAUAGAUGAAGGCGCCAAACUCGAAAUUGGCGGUACCGGUCGUCCUGACGGUUUGAACGUAGGCUAUUACAUCAAGCCCACGGUUUUCUCUCAUGUCACCAACGAUAUGACCAUUGCCCAGGAAGAAAUUUUCGGGCCGGUAUUGUCAUUGAUUGGCUACGAAGAUGAAGAAGAUGCGGUGCGUAUUGCCAACGACACGCUUUACGGCCUGAGUGGUUAUAUUUCAUCCAGCGACCCGGAGCGUGCCAAGCGCGUAGCUCGUCGGAUCCGCACGGGUAACGUUCACCUCAACGGUGCGCCGGUUGACAAUAACGCGCCUUUUGGCGGCUACAAGCAGUCUGGUAAUGGAGGAUCCAUGCAGCCACUUGAGGGUAUUAAAGUGGUCUCUAUCGAGCAGGCUGUAGCGGCACCUUUGUGCAGCAAGCGACUGCUGCUGGCGGGUGCUGAAGUGUUCAAAGUUGAGCGCCCGGAAGGCGAUUUUGCGCGUUUCUACGAUACCGCAGUAGCCGGUGAAAGCACUUAUUUUGUCUGGCUGAACGGCGGUAAAAAGUCUGUGGUUUUCGACCUGCGCGAACCGGACCAGCUAGAUCUGCUGCAAGAACUCAUCAGCCGCAGUGACGUGCUGGUGCAGAAUUUGAAACCUGGCGCCCUCGACAAACUUGGCUUGGGGUUGGAAAAGCUGCAUGAGUGCUAUCCGCAUCUGAUUUCAGUUUCGAUCACGGGCUUUCAUCCGGACGGACCUGGCGCGCAGCGCAAAGCUUAUGAUCUGCUGAUGCAGGCUGAAGCCGGGCUUGCAUCCAUUACCGGCUCUCCCGACGCACCUGGGCGGGUCGGCGUUUCAGUGGUCGACAUCGCAACCGGUAUGUUUGCUUACGAAGCGGUUUUAGAAGCUGUGCUUGUGCGGCGUUCCAGCGGCACUGGCGAACGCAUCAACGUGUCCCUUUUUGAUGCGGUUGCGCAGUACAUGAGCGUGCCUUACCUGUUAACCCGAUAUGGCUCAGGACCACCUGGGCGGGUCGGCCUGGCUCAUCCGGGGAUCUGCCCUUAUGGCGUCUUCGAAAGCGCCGAUCACACAGCCUUUGUCAUGUCUGUACAGAACGAAGCAGAAUGGCAACGUCUGUGUCAGCUGGACACAACACUGCAGCCGCUGGCGCAAGAUGACCGAUGCCUGGACAACGAAACCCGCGUGGCCCACCGUGUUUUUGUGGAUGCAGCUUUGCAGGUGUACUUUGCCAGCUGUGCCUAUGAGGACCUUGCGGUAAAGCUUGAUGCAGCUGACGUGGCUUUUGCGCCGGUGAACAGUGUGUCAGCGUUUGCCGAACAUGCGGAUCUGCGCACCAUUAAUGUUGAUGUGCAUGGUAUAAACAUCGAACUGCCUGUGGUUCCGGGGCGUGCGGCUAACCAGGAGGAACUGCAGAUGACGAUUAGAGCCACGCUGGAUUCGGGUCAAGCCCUAUCCAGUGAACUGUUGGAACAACUAACGGCAGCGCUGCAGCCACAGAGCAAUGACAUUCGGCGUGGCGUUAUUUUGCUGGCGUUUGGAUUGGCGUUUAUCUGCCUUGCCUUUCUUAUUGGUGACGAAGAUGCCUUCGGGCCGAUGCUGGGUUUCGCGACUUUUCCGAUUUUCACGGGUUGUACCCGCGCGGAGCGCCACACGGCUUACACCGUUCUGGUGACGCGCUACCAGGGAUUUGUCCGUUCGAUGUUGCUGGGUUUGACCCGCCAGCCAGCCCUGGCUGAUGAUCUUACCCAGGAUACAUUUCUGACGGCCUGGCAGAAGCUGAACACCCUCACGGCACCGGAGAAAUUUGGCGGUUGGUUGAAACAGCUGGCUUACCGUCACUUUCUACACAGCUAUCGGCGUCAACAGACUGAGCAGAAACACCUGCCUGAAGCGGUUGAUCCUGUUGUAGAGGCUGAACAUCCAGCGGAUGUUGAUGCUGAACUCAAUGAGCUCCUGGCGUUGUGUAACCCAAUCGAGCGCGAAAUUAUGGUGCUGUAUUAUGGCUUUGAGUUUACCCACAAAGAGAUUGCGGACAGCCGCGGCAUAGCCGUAGGCGAAGUUAAUCUGGUGCCGGAUAUUAUGGCGCAGGUUGCCACGCUACCGCAGGUUGCGCCGGCCUUUAAAGUUUACGAGGAUGAAUACUCGCUGGCGUUUAUGGACGUCAUGCCUCAGGUUGACGGACACACUCUGGUUAUACCGAAAUGUGAAGCGAAGGACUUGUCCGACGCAGAUCCAGUUGUGCUGGCGAAAACCAUCCAAAGCGUACAGCUGGUCGCAGCGGCAGUGAAAGAAGCAUUCUCUGCACCAGGCAUCAUGCUCGCACAGUUAAACGGCGCUGCGGCGGGACAAACAGUAUUUCAUCUGCACUUUCACAUUAUGCCAAGACAUGAUGGCCUGGCCCUGGGCAUGCAUGCCAGGGAAAUGCAGGCCGAUCAGGACGCAAGCAGCCUGGAUGCCGGUUACCUGUCGGAAGACAAGCAGGAAUGGCUGGAAUCCCUGGAGUCUAUUCACGCGGAGUUUGGUGACGCAGGCGUACGUGAGAUCUUACGGAGCCUGCAGGAUCACGCUCUACGCUUAAAUGUGCCGUUAGGUGAGGCGACGCUGAAUACGCCUUAUGUCAACACUAUAGCCGUUGAAGACGAGCCUGCUUAUCCCGGCGACCUGGCGCUGGAAGCCAGGAUCGAAAAAAUUAUUCGCUGGAACGCCAUGGCGAUGGUCCUGCGCGCCCAGGAUGCGGGGGUUGGCGUGGGUGGUCACAUCGCUACUUACGCCUCGUGUGCCACCAUGCUGGAAGUUGGGUUUAAUCACUUUUUCCAAGGUUUCGAUGAAAAUAAUGAUCCGGAUAUGGUGCUACCUCAGCCUCAUGCGGCUCCUGGUAUUUAUGCGCGAGCCUGGUUAGAAGGACGAUUAACAACCGCACAGUUAGAAAACUAUCGACGUGAAUUAGGUGCUGGUGGCGGUCUUUCUUCUUAUCCGCACCCCCGCAGCAUGCCUGAUUUCUGGGAGAUGCCAAAUGCGUCCAUGGGUUUGUCAACACCAGCGGCCAUCUACGAAGCGCGGUUUGCCAAGUACCUGGAAAACCGUGGCCUCAAGCCGAAAAGUAACCGCAAAAUCUGGUGUUUUAUUGGUGAUGGGGAAUCAGACGAGCCGGAAGUGAUGGGCACCAUCAACAUUGCCGCCCGGGAAAAACUGGAUAACCUUAUCCUGGUUAUAAAUUGCAAUCUCCAGCGACUUGACGGUCCUGUUAGGGGAAAUGGGAAAAUUAUCCAGGAACUGGAACGCAUGUUCCGCGGCGCGGACUGGAAUGUGUUGAAGGUGAUAUGGGGAAGCGGGUGGGACCCGCUGCUUGCGCGAGAUAAAAAUGGCGUUUUGCGCAAACGUAUGGACCAGUGCCUUGAUGGCGACUAUCAAAUGUACUCUGUGUUGCCUGGAAAUGUUCAGCGAGAGCACUGGGUUGAAGGCAAUCCAGAACUUAAACGCAUGAUGGACACGCUCACCGAUGCGGAGCUGAAAGAAAUUAAACGCGGCGGACAGGAUCCAAAAAAAAUCUACGCCGCGUUUGAUGCCGCAGCCCAGGCUCGAGGCAAGCCGACGGUCAUUCUGGUUAAAACAGUGAAAGGUGACGGUAUCGGCGCCCAGGGCAAGAACACCGCCCAUCAGUACAAAAACAUGGGGCCCGAAGAACGGGUCAAAGUUGCGCGGGAGUUGGGCAUUCCGCUGGAUGAUGAACAGGCACGUCAAGCUGCAUUCUAUAAACCGGAAGCGGACAGCGAAGAAAUGCUGUAUCUGCAGGCCCGGCGAAAAGCGCUGUUCGGCUCAGUACCCAGGCGUCGUCAGGUGAGUCCAUCAUUGCCUGCGCCUGAGCGCACAGUUUUAAAAGAACUGCUCAAAGGCAGCGGCGAGCGUAGUGUCUCGACGACAAUGAGUAUGGUGCGCCUGCUGGGAACGCUCCUGCGGGAUAAAACCUUAGGCAAAUAUGUGGUGCCCAUAGUGCCUGACGAAGCCCGCACAUUUGGUAUGGACGGGCUGUUUAAAAUAGCCGGUAUAUAUGCACCUGAAGGCCAGAAAUACAAACCGGUAGAUGCAGACUCACUGCUGCCAUAUCGCGAAGCAUCGGACGGUCAGAUUCUGCAGGAAGGCAUCUGUGAAACCGGCGCCAUGGCGUCGUUCAUGGCUGCAGGCAGCGCCUAUGCGGUGCAUGGUUUGCCGAUGAUCCCAUUUUAUAUCUUUUAUUCCAUGUUCGGUUUCCAGAGAGUUGGUGACAUGGUCUGGAGUUGCGGUGACAUGAUGUGCCGCGGCUUUCUGCUUGGCGGCACGGCGGGGCGUACAACCCUGAACGGCGAAGGUCUCCAACAUGAAGAUGGACACAGCCAUGUGCUUGCCAGCACCAUUCCUAAUCUGAUCAGCUACGAUCCAGCUUUCGGCUACGAGGUUGCAAUUAUCGUCCGCGAAGGUCUGCGGCGCAUGUUCGAGGAGCAGGAAGACGUCUUCUAUUACCUGACGCUGUACAACGAAAACUAUCUGAUGCCCGGGAUAGAUGACGUAUGCAACACCUCCGGUCUGAGCGAAAGUGCCAUUGAAACCGGUGUGCUCCAGGGUGCCUAUCGAUUCGCCCACGCAGAGGUGGAUCCGGAUGCGCCCUGGGUGAAUAUACUUGCCAGUGGCAGUAUUUUUCAGCAGGCAUUGGACGCGCAGACAUUGCUGACGGAGAUGGGUUUCAAUGUUGCGCUGUACAGUGUGACCAGCUUUAUUGAGCUUGAGCGCGAGGCGCAGAGUUGCGCGCGUUACAACAGGCUGCAUCCGCUGGAUGAACAAAGAACCUCACACGUCGAGGCUUUGUUUGCUCAGGCUCCAGGUGUGUUUGUUGCGGUGACCGAUUAUAUGAAAAGCCUUGCUGCUGGCAUUGCACCCUGGUUGCCAGGUGAGCUUGAGGUGUUAGGUACCGAUGGAUACGGACUGUCGGAAUCCCGGCCUGCAUUGCGGCAACACUUUGAAGUAGAUGGCCAGCAUGUUUGUGCUGCGGCGCUGACGGGCUUGUAUCGGAACAAAUUAAUUGAUGGGCAGGUGUUGAACAGACAUCUGCAGAGUUUGAAGAUCAACGCGGAUCGUCCUGAUCCGCGUGAUCGCUAA